AUGAGCCAGACGAGUGCUUCGCGCAUUAUAAACUCGGUGAGCAGCGCGCUCUGCAACUUUGCUGAAAAAGGGAUCAAGUUCCCCGUGACCCCGCAGGCAGCAAUGCGUACUGCACGCGGCUUUGCGGAAAUCAAUGGAUUCCCCAAGGUGCUGGGGUGCAUCGACGGCACGCACAUCGCCCUCAAGAUUGCGAAGAAUUACCAGAACAUCUACCGAAACAGGAAAGGAUACGACUCGCUGAAUGUGCAAGCGGUCUGCAAUGCGUCGAACGAAAUCACACAGCUCACAGUGAAGUGGCCGGGGAGCACGCAUGACAGUUUUAUGUGGCGCAACUGCGACUUGUCGGAGAAGUUCGAGGCUGGGGGCAUGCCCGAUGGCUGGUUGCUGGGGGAUGCAGGCUACCCCCUGCAGCCAUGGCUGAUGACGCCAUUUCGCAAGCCGAAGGAGGAAGAGGGCGAAGAAGCCUACAACAUGUGCCUCACCAAGACGCGUCAAGUUAUAGAGAGGACAUUCGGGAUAUUGAAGUCCCGCUUCCGGUGUCUCGACAGGUCCGGAGGGGUCCUACAGUACACCCCAAGCGUGUGCUGCCGUAUUAUCGUGGCGUGUGUGGUCCUCCACAAUUACUGCAUCCGGCACCAUGUCUCCCUCACAGAUCCACCAGGUAAGAAAGACAUGUUCUCUGAAGAGUUUAUGCAUUAA